CUUGAAUAGCCCUUCAUGCCAUCACUAAUUCAAACAUUAUUGCUUGUUCUCGAUCACAGAUUUCAACCGCACAUUCCUCAAAGACUGAAAGCAACCACUAGCGUUCCGAAACUAAAACGGGAAACUAAACCGGAAAGGACUCCGAAGCGUCGCGAUGGCAAAGCCCGAAUUCUUCUCGAUAAGUUGUCCGAUUCCGUUAUCCGAAAACAUUCGCGAAGCGGCAACCACCAUCGAGGACGACAUGACGGCAAAAGUUCGCGACGUGAAAGGAAGCGUGAUUCCUCCAAGCAUGAUCGUCCCCCUCCGGAACACUUAAAGACAUCCACCCCAAACCGUGUCCAAACAACUCGACGCAAAUCUCAGCGGCUCAGUGACGCACGUGAUGAGCAACUGAAGGAGACCGCGAAAGCGAGGCUUUCGGAUCCGGAUCUGGCGACGACGCGGGAGGAUCCUGUUGAUGAGCACGCGUUGGGUAAGUCGAGGAAGGAAUCACUGAAGGAACUGUUCGGAACGGACGAUGAAAAUUCGUUAUUUGGAACGCCGGAAAAGGUUUCCGGGAAGCGUCGUCAUUCCGAGACAAGGGACAACUCGGAUGAUCGUAAGAAACCGAGGGUCUGUGUUGAAGGGAGGGCUGAUCGAGAGGAAAGAGCUUCCAAAGAAGUGGGUAGCAAUAAGGGAUUCAAGUCGAAGGGCUGUGAUAAAAUUAGAGUUUCCUCGGAGAAGUAUCCGGAGGAAGUUGCGAGUAACUCAAAAUUGAAUGAACCGAUAUUAGUAGAUUCUUCGUCUGAAGAUGUUCCAGAGAGUCUGACUCAGAAUGAUCGACUUGCACAGGAAAACAAACAUCAACCUUCAAAACUCGAAAUAGCUGCGAAAACUCCUGUUCAAGUGAAUGACACAGUUUCGAAAUGUAAAGAUCGAGUGAGAUCUAACAGUUCUUCAAAGGACACAAACUCAAAAGAUGAAUUGGCCGGAAUUCAUACGAAUACUUCGAAACGUGUCCGUGAGACGGCUAAAACGGAAGGCCAACCAGUACCAGAUAUAUCGCUAAAUGAAUCAAAUAAAUCUGCCCCUAAACCACAGAUUCUUGAAAAUCAACCAUCCCAGCCAUCAGUAGAGAUGUCAUCGCCGAGGAAACGACGUAACUCUGGCAAACGAAAUGCGCCAUCAUAUAACUCGGUAUCAACCACUGACGUCAUUGGAAGCAAUACAUCAGAAACGCGAGAACCUAAAUCUGUAUCAAAGGAAUCAUCCAGGUUUGAUCAAACAGCUGACAAGUCCCUACAAAACCUACCUCGAAUUGAAGUUCAGUCAUCCACAUCACCAUUGCAAAGUAAAAAACCGAGCCCGCCAUCGAAGAAUGCAUCUUCUACCUCUGCAGAAAUUAAGAAUAAAACAAUGGAAAAUCAAGCCACACAAGAAGCUAUGUCAAACGAAUCAUCACAACCAUCAAACAGAGAGCUAAAAACAGCGACCGAAGUCACUGCAAAAGUGGCAGAAGCAUGUCGAGAAGAUCUGCCGAACAAAACAACUGAGAUGCACGUGAGAGAGCCCAAAGAGCAGCAGUUUUUGGAUCUUCCUUCGUCGGAAGCAUGUUCGAGCGCAGAUACCGGUAAUGCUGAGCCUCAUACUGCAAUGGACGACUCCUCUCGCCAACCGAAAGAAUCUGAGCUGGUUUCAGAGCAAACCCUCCCGGAAAUGCCUAAGGCUACUCCAGAUUCCGAGAUCUCCGAGACCCAGCUUAGCAAAACCCCCCAGGUCAUCGUCUACUCCAACAAAUACGGCGAAUAUCGAGUCGAAGACAACAGUGAAACCGAAGUUACCAUCUACGUUACACGUAAAAAGCGGAGAAGCCGAAAAUCGAACCACGCCAGCCCAAACGUCAGCAAUUCCGGUUUGGAUGUGAAAUGAACAAUUAGAACUAUGUCUUUUCGUAACGGUUUUGUUUUAUAUUGCUUUUACAAAUAUAU